AUGCGUGGCAUCUUGUCGUUUCUCGUUGUAACAAGCGGCUUGGUUGCGGUGGAAUCUUUCAACAAUGAUCCAAACGUGGAAAUAUACGAUAUAACAAUGUUGAGAACGAUCAUACAUCUUAAAGAAACAUUAAAGCACUUGCACAUAUGUAGCCGCCGCGAAGAGGUGAUGGAAUUAUGCGUAAAACGCAGCAUAGAAUCGAUAAAGCCUCAUUUAAUGACUGGUGUGCCGGAUUUGAAUAUACCAUCUUUCGAUCCGUAUGUUAUCAAGGGUUACGAUCUUAUCGUGAGACAAAUAAUAUAUAAUAAUGUUACUAUGAGAAUUGCGCAUAUGGAAAUCUACGGUCUAACAGAUUUCGUAGCAUAUGAUAUCGAAAUUUCUGCCGAUAUGUCUCACAUUAAAUUUAAACUGUUUUUUCCGUCCAUGAAAUUUAUCACUGUUUGCGACAUGAACAAUCUUUACAAGAGACGUACAAAAAGAUUCGAAUACGUAAGAUGGAUGUUGAAAGAAAUAUGGUCCAAUAUCACUAUAACCGGCGAAUAUUAUGAGGAUUACAGUAAAGAAAAAUAUUUCCAAGUUAAAGCCGUUAUUGUGAGAUUGACGAUUUUAGGUGGUAAGGCCUGUGCUGGAGACGAAAACAACAAGGAUAUUUACAUCAACAUGAUAAAUGACCAACUGCACUCCAACUGGGACGAACUGGUAGCUAAACUAGAGAUCAUAACGCAAAUAUCCGCUUCAAUAAAAUACCUGCACAGAUGUAGCCGUGACAAACAGAUAAAGGAUUUAUGUAUGAAGCGGAGCAUAGAAUCGAUAAAAUUUCACUUAGCGACCGGUAUUCCUCAUUUGAAUAUACCGUCUUUCGAGCCGUAUAUCGUCGACAGUUACCAGUUUAGUGUUAAAGGAAUAUUCAAUAGCUUGGUGAAUAUUACGCAUAUGAAGGUGUACAAUCUAAUAAACUACGAAAUAUUUAAUAUUCAAAUUCCUUCCCAUAUGUCUCAAAUUAAAUUUGAUGCAUAUUUCUUUAACUCACCCAUCUAUCUAUCCAUGAUCUGCGACGUAAAUGCUACAUUGUUCGGUACAAACAUUUCAAGAACCGGAUACGUAAUGAACUGGAAAUUUGAGCGCACCAAGGCUACCAUCACGAUAAAUGGUGAAUUUUACAAUAAAUACAACGAAGAAUAUUUUCAAGUGAAUAACGUCUUGACAACAGUGAGGAUUGCAAAAGCUAAAACCUACAUGGGACACGUUGACAACAACUACGACUUAACAAGCUUUUUACAUACCUAUGCGAAUGCCGAAUGGGAUCAAACUAAAAUGGACCAAAUACAGCUUGUACUCGAGGUAGCCGUUUCCAAUGUUAUAAAGACAAUCACGAAUAAGAUAUACUCGUUUUAUCCGAUGAAAAUAUUGAUGCCACCUUCUUAA